AAGGCUCUAGGGCGGCAGAUAAGGCUGUUGCCAUGGUGAUGAAGGAGAUACCGAGGGAGGAAUCUGCUGAAGAAAAGCCCCUCCUUACUAUGACAUCACAGCUGGUGAAUGAGCAACAAGAAAGCAGACCCCUUCUGAGUCCCUCCAUCGAUGACUUCCUCUGUGAAACCAAAUCGGAGGCAAUAGCAAGACCAGUAACCUCCAACACAGCCGUCCUGACCACUGGCUUAGAUCUCCUCGACCUGAGUGAACCUGUCUCUCAAACCCAAACCAAAGCUAAGAAGUUGGAGGCCUCAUCAAAAACCUCAUCCCUCAAGAAAAAAGCAGAUGGUUCUGACCUCAUCAGCACAGAGGCUGAGCAGAGAGGCCAGUCUCUCAGAGCGCCGGAGGCUUCGUCCUUAGAUUUAGAUAUUCAAACACAACUGGAAAAAUGGGAUGAUGUUAAGUUUCAUGGAGAUCGAAAUACCGAAGGGCACCCAAUGGCAGAGAGAAAAUCAUGCUCAUCUAGAACUGGAUCAAAAGAGCUCUUAUGGUCCUCAGAGCACAGAUCUCAACCAGAACUGAGUGGUGGGAAAAGUGCCCUCAACUCUGAGUCGGCUUCAGAGCUGGAAUUAGUGGCUCCAACACAGGCCCGGCUGACCAAAGAACAUCGUUGGGGAAGUGCAUUACUUUCUCGGAACCACUCCUUAGAAGAAGAAUUUGAAAGGGCAAAAGCAGCAGUGGAGUCAGAUACAGAGUUUUGGGAUAAGAUGCAAGCAGAAUGGGAAGAAAUGGCCCGGAGAAAUUGGAUAUCUGAAAACCAAGAAGCCCAGAACCAAAUUACCAUCUCAGCCAGUGAGAAGGGAUAUUACUUUCACACUGAAAACCCCUUCAAAGACUGGCCUGGAGCAUUUGAAGAAGGCUUAAAAAGGCUGAAGGAAGGGGACCUGCCAGUCACCAUCCUAUUCAUGGAGGCGGCAAUUCUUCAGGACCCUGGAGAUGCAGAGGCAUGGCAGUUCCUCGGCAUAACCCAGGCAGAGAAUGAAAAUGAGCAAGCAGCCAUUGUCGCCCUCCAGAGGUGCUUAGAAUUACAGCCCAACAACUUGAAGGCUUUGAUGGCUUUGGCUGUGAGUUACACUAACACUGGCCAUCAGCAGGAUGCCUGCGAAGCUCUGAAGAGCUGGAUUAAGCAAAAUCCAAAGUACAAAUACCUUGUGAAGAGCAAGAAGGGAUCUCCAGGCCUCACCCGACGAAUGUCUAAGUCCCCAGUUGACAGUUCUGUUCUGGAAGGAGUGAAGGAAUUAUAUCUGGAAGCUGCACACCAAAAUGGAGAUAUGAUUGACCCAGACCUACAGACAGGUCUGGGAGUACUGUUCCACCUGAGUGGAGAAUUUAAUAGAGCAAUAGAUGCAUUUAACGCUGCCUUAACUGUUCGGCCAGAGGACUAUUCCUUAUGGAACCGUCUCGGGGCGACCUUGGCAAAUGGAGACCGCAGUGAGGAAGCCGUGGAGGCCUACACUCGAGCACUGGAGAUUCAGCCUGGCUUCAUCCGCUCCAGAUACAACCUGGGCAUAAGCUGCAUCAACCUGGGCGCCUACAGAGAAGCGGUCAGCAAUUUUCUCACUGCCCUCAGUUUGCAAAGAAAGAGCAGGAAUCAACAGCAAGUUCCUCAUCCUGCAAUCUCUGGAAAUAUCUGGUCUGCCCUCAGAAUUGCACUGUCUCUGAUGGAUCAACCAGAACUCUUCCAGGCGGCUAAUCUCGGUGACCUGGAUGUCCUCCUUAGAGCUUUCAACUUGGAUCCUUAAAGGAAAAGAAAAAAACAAAAAUAAUAAUCCCUCAUCUGUGUAAUUGUACUGAGAAAUGAAAAACUAUUUUAUUAUGAAUUUCAAAAAGGAUAAAUCAGAUUUUCAAAAGGCCAUGGUCAUAUAAUCCAAGGGAAUUAAUUCCUACAGACAAUGCCCAGUCUCUGUUCAGACACAAAAGCACAAAAUGUUGUACGUAGAGUCAAGGUCGGGCUCAAAAGAAGAAUUAAGAUACUCAAGACAAACCAAGAUAAAGGCUCAAAAGAUGAAUUAAGAGACUCAAGACAAGCCAAGAUAAAGGAACUGUGUGAAUACUCUUCACAAAUUGCAAGCCACUGCAAAACACAUCCUUUAGGUUUCUUGUUUCCAAUUGCAGCUGAUGACACAUCCGAGGAACUUGCUCAUGGGACACAUGGAGAAAGCCAUGUCUCAGAUCAGGGAAUUCUGACUAUUUCUGAACUGUCCCCUGCACUUCUCCCUCUUGCAAGACUGAACACAGUUUGGGCCAUUGGUGCAUGCACAUGUAUUAACUCGAUUAAAGACAGGCAUUGCUUAAAACUGUUUCAAUUUUAACUUUUACUGUAGCCCUUUGAUUCCAGAGAGAGAGCUUUGCUGGCAAAAGCAGUUUUUGCACUAGAAAUUUUUGCUGUUCCCAAUCAAAACUUUUCUGGGAUUGUAUAUAUGCACUUUAAUAUCUUAUUUAUGCCUUGCUGGAGUUUUGUUUUGUUGCUCCAAUUUUUAACGUGGGGGUGAAAGAUUUGAGAACUCAGCCUUGUUAGAUCAAUGGACCAAAUAAAUUCCUGAAAAUAGUUUUUCAUAGUG